GAUGAGUGCAACAAAAUACUUCAUUUGCCCAUAAAGUAAAAAAAAAUAAUUUCAAUGUUAUGAACCAUUAGUUUUCUCAAUUUCACUCUCCCUUUUCUCCUAACAUAAAAUACAGAUUUUGUUAUUACUAUAGGACAUAGUAUUUGUUACUUAUUUCAUAAAGUAACAUGUUAAAUAAUCAUAGUUAACAAUCAUUAUUACUUCAAGUUCAUCAUGAUGUCAACUAAUAUGUAUGUAAUCAUGUAUGUAUCCCUUUGUGUAUAUAUAUGUCAUAAGUCAUUUUCUGAGGAUAUUAUAUAAGUUUUGUUUUAAAAAACAAAACAAAUGAAUAAAUGAAUGGUGACUUUUAACUUAAUAACUUGGAUAUAAAAUUCAUUUAUUUAUAGUAUUUUUAUUCUUCAAUUAAAUAAUCAUCAUCAAAAAUAAUAUGAUAUAAUAAAUUUGAUUAUUCAAUUAGACAAAGUUCAUCUUUAUUGAUUUUGUUUACUUUGAGAACAGUGUAAAAUAAUACACAAUCACUCUCUCCUUCACACACACACAUAUAUAUAUAUAUAUAUCCUUCAAUGUUCAUUUAUGAUAUCAGUUCACUUUACGUGAACUAUUGAAUAGUGUACUAGAAUUUAACGAAUAUUACAUCUUAAUUGGUAUAUGUGGAUCCUGUGUGAACUGACGCAAUAUAACCAUUAUGACGUAAUUUGCUGCGAACAGAUGAAAUAUGGCUAUAAAUCGAAUGCAAAACGCUUAUUUUGUCCUAUUUGGAACUUGUCAGUUGAAUAUAACGGGAUUCAAGACUGACCAAACUUCAAUCAAAAUAUUAACAACAAUAUAAUCCAAACUGAAAUUUAUACCCGUUGCACUAGAGAGUAUCUCUCUGAACCCAUAACACAAGUGUAUAUCAUUUUGGCGUUUAACGUGAAAACAUUCUACGUUCGAGUUUCGAAAUGGUUCUCAAAUUUGUAAUCCAUGCACAUUCGUCUGACGAAUGCUAAAUAGGAUAAAACGUUCAUUCUGGUUUCCACUGCUAGCCACAUUCCAUCGAUUUUAUGCUGAGUGGAAUAAAUCUUAAAUAAAGUUGGCUUAUUAAUAUACCGUAUUGUAUGUAAUAUUCACAUAAUGGAACUAUAUAUUUAUGAAAAUUCAUUCAGUCGAUUCAUAACCAAUUAUUCAUUGAUUUGUGUCAUUCUCUUUGAAUGGCACUAACAAGUGUUGUAACUCCUUAUAAAGUCGGAAUGUCAGGUGAUAUCAUACCAAAUAAUUUCGAUAUGAUACCUUAUUCCACUUUUCAUACAGCUUUAUUACCACAUCCAAAUCCAUUAGGACCUGGAAAUCUAUCAAAUAUUUCAACAGGUUUAAUGCUUACAGCACAACAACCAACUGGACAAAAUCCUUAUUGUCCACCAAUAACUCUUACUAAUGGAUAUUAUACAAAUGUUAGUUAUCCACAUAAUGCAGAAUCGUUUUGUUAUGUACAACCAAAUGAUGCUAAUUCAAUAUUAAAUGCAUAUCAUACAUAUCCUACAUCAAUAAAUUUACCAUUACAUGCAACAAAUAUAACAUGUGAUAAGUUAUAUACAUCUAAUAAUCAUAUAAAUAGUAACAAUCAUAAUAAUAACAAUCAUAAUCAUAAUCAUAUUACUGCACAGAACCCAUUACUUUCAACAAUAAAUACAAAUCAUAUUACUAUAAAUAAUAAUUAUAAUGAUAAAAAUGAAUUAAGCAAGAGAUUAGAAAUGAUAGCGGUUGAAAAAUCUAAUACUUUAUUAGAUGAAUCAUCACAAGGACUAAUUGAUAAAUCAGCUAUAUUAUCAUCAUUGUCAUCUACAUCUACAUCAACAACUACAACAAUUAUUACACAUGGUGAAAAUGGAAAUGUUCAACAGAAUACAUCAUUAUUGGUACUACGAUUAUUGAUGUCGGGAAAAGAAGUUGGCAGUAUCAUCGGCAAAAGGGGAGAAAAUGUGAGAAAAUAUAGAGAGGAAAGUGGAGCCAGAAUUAAUAUAUCAGAUGGAUCUAGUCCAGAAAGAAUUGUCACUAUAACUGGAACAACGGAACAAAUUUAUGUUGCAUUUACACUAAUGAGUCGUAAAUUUGAAGAUGAUUUUACACAAGGUUUAUUACGAAUGGGUGAUGAAACAGUCAAUUGUCCUCCAGUGACCAUACGUUUAUUAGUUCCAGUAGCUCAAUGUGGUUCAAUAAUCGGUAAAGGAGGAUCCAAGAUUAAAGAUGUUCGUGAGUUAACUGGUGCAUCAAUUCAAGUUGCUAGUGAAGCUUUGCCGACAUCCACAGAAAGAACAGUUACAAUAUCAGGUACAGCGGAUGCAAUUUCCAAAUGUAUUCGAUUAUUGUGUGAUAUAUUUUUAGAGUGCCCAAAUAAAGGUCCGGUCAUUCUUUAUCGACCAAAACCCGUGAUUGGUAAUCCAGGAUUAAUAUGUCCUGCCACUACAUUUUCAUCUGGUUUACUGCAUUCAAACUUGUCUGGACUUCCACUUUCAGUGUGCGAGAAUUCACAUGAAUCAGGAUAUACUACACCAAUGUUAACAUCAGCCUCGUUAUUAUCAAACGAAGUGAACUCUGUUAGUCCAACUACUUUAAAUAGAACUUAUACAAAUCAGUUUGGGAUACCGUCUGGUAUUUUAUCUGGAGGAACUGGAGUAUCUGGUUCAUGUAAUGUUGGAUGUGGUGUUAAUAAUACAUCUAUUGUACCUAAUCUACCUACAGCAAAUACUAUUCAAUCUCCUCUAACAGUAAUUGGUUCUGGUCGACCAGUUAGUCAAAUGUCAGAUCUCAUUUCAGAUCAAGUUCAUUUGUUUGCUACAUUGAAUCAAUUAGAUUUAGCUAACUUUCAAUCAUAUUUUUCAUCAAUUUUGGCUCCAUUACCAAAUACAAAUCCAAUUGCAAAUGGGAUGCAUUCCAUUGGACAACCUUUGAAUAUGCCAGAAAUAGCUCUUACUCCUGGUAUACUUGGUUGUUACCCAACUCCAACAGCUGCUGCUCUACCAAUUGUUGGUUCACCUAAUAACUAUAUGUUUUCUUCACCUACAGCUCUUCUUAAAAUAUCAAAUAGACUGCCUGAAGAUCAAUUUACAACAUCAACAUCUAAUAGUCUUAGUGAUAUAAUUGUUAAUCAAUCUGAUAUAUGCAUGAAUAGUAAUAGUAACAAUGCAUCACCAAAUAGUUUAUCCAUCUGUAAUGGUUCAUUACCUAUUGACUCAAAUAAUAAUUAUACAUCACUUUCAACUCCACUGGAUCCCAUAAAAUCAAUUUGUGGUCUACAGAAUACAGCAUCUUUACUUGGUCUUCCAUCCCUGUCAAUCAAUACAAUUUUAAAUCCUCAACAACAAAAUUCAUUAUUUUCUUUGGCUAAUACAGAAGAGAGUAUUAUUGUCCGAGAGAUGAUUAUUUCUAAUGAUGUAAUCGGUUGUAUUAUUGGACGUGGUGGUACAACAAUCAAUGAAAUUAGAAACGCAUCUAAAGCACAAAUCAAAAUAUCUAACUGUGAAGAUGGUGCAAAAGAAAGAAAAAUAACAGUUUCUGGAAAGUUGGAUUCAGUAAAUUUAGCUCAAUUCCUUAUAAACAGCAGUAUUGCAAUACAUCGAGAAAUGUGGGCAUUUAAUGUUCGAUUAGCAUCAGCUGCAACUGCUUUAAUGACUAAAAAUAGUUUAAUAAUCAAUUCAUUAAAUAAACAUUCUGAAAACCAUAAUAAAAUAUAUUUGUCACCAUUGAAGAACAAUUGUGAACAUAUUGAUUAUAGUUUAUUUCAAUCAAAUAUUCCAAUGAAUACUACAAACACUUCACAUAUGAAUUCAUCUUCAUUAUUGUUACUAAAAGAAAAUCUAUCACCUGAUUUACAUGAACAAACAAUGGAUUGUUUUCAACCAAUCUAUGAAGAUGAUAAUCAAUUGAGUUUAAAAUUUAAAUCUAGUCAUCGGUUGACCAGGAGAUCAAGAAUAAUACCUUACUAAAUUUUAAUUAAAAAUUUAGUUUAGUUUAGUUUUGUUUUCUUAACACUUCUCAAAGUUUAAUAUUGAUUAUUUAUUAAAUAUGCAUGUCAUGUCAUGGGAUAUUGCAAUGCAUCCUCAUAUGAAAUUAGUGAUGAUUUGAAAAUUACAAUGCAUUGAUAUAUUGAAUAGAUUUUAUCUGUUUUCCAUUACAUUUGGAAUGCAAUUAAAAUCUGUUUCUUCCGGUGUUUAAUAAGCACGAAUGCUGACUGUAUAUAACUAUUAUUUUAAUGUAUAUUCAACAGUAUAAACUACAUAAAAGUCAUUGAAGUCUAUUACAGUUUCAUUGUUUUAUGGCGAUUCAUAACAGGUAUAAUAAUAAUAAUAAUAAUAAUA